CAAAUCCCUCGCAUCUCGUCAUUUUAACCUUGAUAUAUUCAUACUGUAAUGGCGUACCAGUUCAGUCCCUUAAAGGACGGACUAAUGUGGAUAGCAUAAAAAUUCAGGUAGCCCGUGAACAGUGCUUCUUCUGUGAAUGGAGUUGGAGUGGGGGCGGCACUCUGGAAUGCUAUUCAAAAUCCCAACGGGGUGUUCCAUAUCUUAUCCCUCUGCUCGGCAAAAACGUCUGAGGAGAUGCUCUAGACUAUUAGUUCACAGUGAACAGUCAUUCUGUAAACAUCAUCCGAAAUUUUAGGAACGAAAUUCCAAAUUUCGAAAAUCAAAUCCACGCCAGAAAAGAACCUGUAACCUUUGUGUUCCAUGAUCGUUCAGCAAGUCAUGCGAAUAUUGCUUAUCAUUCUCUUUUCUUUAAUUACAAUGGGAUUGGCGGGCCCAUCAAUUAAAAUACCAGAAGAUGUCGCAGUUAAGAAUCUAAAUGGCCAAAAUGUGGUGCCGCCAACGUCACUACCAUAUAAAAACUGGACCGAUUACCAUAGUGCUCCACAAUUAGUCUUCCCAACGUGCACGAGCGCUGUUAAUCCGAAGGGUCUACGGAAUAUCGUCAUCAAUGGUAUGGCGUGCACAUGUGAUCUCAAUACCUAUCAUGUGCGCAAAAGAGAUGAUUAUCAUUAUACAGUGGGCAUCGGGGCGCAUAAGUUUCAUCUUACAGGCGCUACGUUCAAUAAAGCAAGAAAAAUUUGUAUUGAGGAGGGAGGACAUUUGGCAGUCAUUGAUUCGAUUGCAGAAGAACAGAUAUUGAUGCACCUCUUCAAUCAAGCGGACCAGAUGAAUAAUGGAUCUAAUAAGGAGCAAGCGUUUAUCGGUAUUCACGAUCUAUUUGCGGAAGAUGAAUGGGUAACAGUUCUGGGUGAUUCACUUUAUAAACAUGGAUACAGCCGAUGGAGCCACUUGUGGGGUGGACAGCCAGAUAAUGGAGGUGGUGUGCAACACUGUGGUACUAUUUUGAGAAUGGGAGGCAUGGAUGACGUAAAUUGUAACUUACAAUUUCCAUUUUUUUGUGAAAUACCGAAUAUUUCAAUGAUCCACUAAAUCGUUUGUAUCAUUUAAUAUUUUGGAACAAUUCAUUCAUGCAAUUAUAGAUAUUAUGAAAGUCUGGUCUAUGUAAUUUACAUUAACUAUUUCAUUGACAUGAUUUUAUCGGGCUGAUAUUUCUAUCCCAGACAACGAUAUUUUGACGCAUCUCAUCUUGAGGUAGUACUCCUCUAUGGUGAAGCAACGUUGAGAUUUUGAUGAAAAUUGAUUCACAGAUAGAUUUUAAUGCAAAAAUGACUCAGUUAAAUUUUUGGAAGUCUGGAUGGGCGAGAACAAUAGUUAUUAAUUUUAUUAUUUUUCGACGAUUAACAUUGAGUCUUAUGGCAAUUCACGGUUUUUUUCUCGUUUUGAAAAUUCCAACGAGUUUUCCAUGAAAUUUUUUGAGCUAUAUGUACAGAUGUUAAAAAAUAUUUUGUGCGUUGAAAAAUGUUGAUGCGCUGUAAAUGUUGAAAUUAAUCAAUUGAGUGUAAAAUCAAUCGAUAAGGUAACAACGCUACUCAGGUUAGGUGAGCUCUCAUUAUAAUAACACAACACACUCAUGGAAACGCCUCACACCGGCUUGCAUGCCGUUGAGCAAUAUCAUCAAGCCAAAUUACCGCGCUAAACAAAGUCAACAAACUCAAUCAGUACUCUAGCUUGAUAAGCAGUCCGUCCAGUUCGUCUCUCAUUUUUUCCCAAAUUCUCCAGUAAAAAUCAAGUAAAUGACACUCCAGCCCACGAUUACGUGAUUAGUCACGUAAUUUUUCCUGUGUUUUUCUCUUCGUGUAGAUUCAGUGAGUGUACCCUAAACGGGAUGAACUUAGUAUUAUCUUCGAAUGUCUGAUUUACGAAAUUAGUCGUUCCAGCAAUGGCAUAUUUUUCAGUUUAUUGAACAUCACUUAUUUGUAAAUUGCCAAAUGCGAGGAUGUUUACCAAACCGUUGUCCUAGAACUCGAUGGUAACUUUCGAUUGGAUUGUUUGUACGAUUUUGUUGACGAUAGACCGAAAAUUUAGGGACACUGUUGAGUUAACCACGUCGUUCGAAAAUAUAUUGUGAAAGUUGAAAAAAAACUCGAACACAUCUACUGCACUAUUGAGAAGUAGCCACUCAAAAGCUCCACAAAUUUCUCGCUCAGGGAGUAAACUAAGUGAUAUUACUUGAUUACUAUGAAUACUUGCCGUAGGUCCCAAUUGGUCAAUGUCUGAUUGAAGGCCUUUCCUUUUCGUUUCAACCACUUGAUGAGCGCCUGGAAUGAAAUUAUUAUUAUAUAAAAAUAGGUCAAAAGCUUUUUCAAGUCCAAUUGAAACUGCUCGUUCAAUCUGAGACUGAACGUAGAAAAAUAAUGAUGUAAGAGAAAGUAUUCGACUGUAUUUUAUGUUCAUCUUUUUUUUGUCAUUAAUAAAUUGCAGGCUUGUUGCGCAUAUUUUUUGCAGGAUAUUUUUCUGUAUUGAAUGGAAUGAAUCUUUUAAGAGAUCAAGUGGAUCCUUUUGUGCAAACGUGUGAGUGUGUACAAGAAGUUUUUAUGAAAAAAAUGAAUAAAAAUAUUUCAAAAAUUA